AUAAUUGGAUUAACCCAUAUGUUUUAUAUAUUACUUAGAAUCUUUUCCAACUAACUACCGAUGUGUGAGACUAGUCUCUAGUAUUACCGUAGGUGACAACAAUGGUUAAAGCCUUCGUUAUGAACUUUUGAUGUCAAGAACGUGGUGUACAGAAAAUGGUAGGGUAUUGUUUAUGAGUUGCAUGUCGAUUUUUUUUUAAUUAAAUAGAAUCCACGAAGAUGAACAACCGUUGAAUAUAUACAAUUUAGAAUCCCACGAACUUGCGCUUGAGUGGUCCUCACGUUAAGCCAAAACAAAUAAUGUCAUGACUCAUGAUAACAAAGAAAAUGAAUAUAUAAUAUUUCGCGUCAUUCCAAGUAGUAGCCAAACAUUGCAAUUUCGUUGUCUCUUGUCGGAGAAGAAUGUCGCUGAUGGAUAAUCUGUUAGGUAUCCUCCGCGUUCACGUCAAACGCGGCGUCAACCUCGCCGUCCGUGACGUUUCCAGCAGCGAUCCUUACGUCGUCCUCAAGCUUGGCCGUCAGAAACUCAAAACCAAAGUGGUGAAGAAAAACGUAAACCCACAAUGGGAAGAAGACUUGACCUUCACGGUUACCGACCCGAAUCUCCCGCUCAAUCUGGUUGUAUACGACCAUGACUUCUUUAGCAAGGAUGAUAAAAUGGGAGAUGCCGAGAUAGAUUUGAAACCGUACAUUGAAGCUCUACGAAUGGAGCUAUCUGGCUUACCAGACGGAACCAUAAUAUCGACGAUCCAUCCGAACCGCAGCAACUGUUUAGCCGAGGAAAGCUACAUACGGUGGAGCAAUGAUCGAAUCGUUCAGAGCUUUUGUCUCCGUCUCCGUAACGUUGAGCGUGGUGAAGUGGAACUCGAGCUUCAGUGGAUUGAUCUGCCUGGUUCUAAAGGCUUGUAAAACAAAACUUGUAACACUACCUUAUUGGGCUUUUCCCAUUAUACCACAAUACGAGGCCUUCGAAGAUGAGGGUUCGGUUUGGUGAUAUAUUCUUACAAUAAACAGUUCUAAAUAAUAAUUGUUA